AUGAAAGAGUAUGAGACAGCAGAACCCUUUAUAAUACAAUCAGAUACUUACUUAUUACACAUUGUAGCAUUAGUUCAGCACACCAUAAAAAUAUUAAACAAACAAAUUGAAUUAAUUAAUAAUUUAUAUAUUACACAUUGUGUAAUAAGUAAUGUAUCAGAUAUAAUCACAAGAAUAUCUCUAGAGAUAGAAAGCCUAGAAGUAUUCAUAACCACAUUCAUACCGUAUAUAACUGACAUAAUAAGCACACACAAGCAGAAUAUCACAGUAGUAAAGCAAACAGAAGACCACAUAAACCAGAAGAGAGCAGAACUUAUUACCAAUAUGAACAUAUUAUUCUUAGAGAUAAUCAAAGCAAUAGAACUUAUAAGCAAUAGUAUAAUAAAUAACAAUAAUAACACAAUAAGUAAUAAUAGUACAGGAUAUAAUAAGCAUAGUAUAAUAAGUAAUGAUAAUAGUACAGGAUAUAAUAAGCAUAGUAUAAUAAGUAAUGAAGAGUUAAGGAAUUUAUGUAAUGUAUUAAUAGAGGAUACGUUUAAUAAUUUAGAAUCAAUACAGAAGUUCUAUUAUACAGAAGAUAUUAAUGUUAAGUUAAGUAACCCAGUGAGUGAUAAGGUUAAUAAAGUAUCUAUUAUAAGUACGCUUGUAUCUGGGUAUUUAAAAUCAGGUGUACCGUAUAUAAUACUAAUAAUAGGGAUAAUAAUGGGGAUAAUUCAUGUGAAUGAGUUACUUACAGUAAGAAGUACUAUUAUAAAAAUAAUGGUAGAAUAUAUUAUACAAUUACCAAUAAUUAUUAUCACUAGUACAAUAUUUAUUACGCAUAUGGUAAAUAAUAAUAUAGAAUAUUAUACACACUGUGGAAUAAUUAAUAGUAUUAUAUUAAGUAGUAUACAAAUAAUAUUUACGGUGUGUACAGGGAUACAAUUAUUAAUAGUACUGUCAAAAUUUAUGAUACAUUAUGUAAAUAAUAAUACUUAUUGCAUAAUGUGUAUAUAUUUCUUUAUAUCAUUAUUUAUUAUAUAUACGGGGAUAAGUUAUGAGCGGGACGUGUUUAAAUAUAAAAACACAAUGUGUAAAAUAUUUUAUAAAUAUUUAUAUUUUAUGUACAAGUAUUAUUGUACAUUGUACACUAUAUUAUUAACACACAUAUUUAUUAUACAAUGUGUAAAUAAUAAUAACAUACUUGUAUAUAAAAUAACAAAGAGAUUUAUAAACAUAACAAAAUAUAUUAUAUAA